AUGAGCAGCUCGCUAAUUGUGUACGCCAUCGGCGCCACAGGCACCCUCGUCGCGCUCGCUCUCUUCAACCUCGUACUACACGUAUGGAGAAUAAGCACGUCCCCCCUCCAACACCUCCCUGGCCCACCGAGCGAAAGCUUGCUCUGGGGAAACACGAAAGCCAUACAGAGCGAAGAGAAUUCGGUGCCUCAGGAACGAUGGGUUCAGCAGUACGGGCAUACCAUCGCUUACAAGAGUGCCUUUGGCGUGUGCAAUCUAUGGACAGUAGAUACCCGCGCGCUGAAUCAUAUCAUGACGCACUCUACCAUCUACCAGCGUCCGCCACCGGCUAGGUAUUUACUCUCCCAUGUUGUCGGCCCCGGCGUUCUCGUCGCCGAAGAUGAACAGCACAAACACCAGCGCCGCGUGAUGAACCCCGCAUUCGGCCCCGCACAAAUCCGCGAGCUGACAGAGAUCUUCACGGACAAGUCGAAUCAGCUGCGAGACUGCUGGCUCGAAGAAAUAUCCAAGAGCGGCGGCGUGUCCGCGCGGGUCGAUGCGCCGUCGUGGCUCGGCCGCACGACGCUCGACAUCAUCGGUCGUGCGGGCUUCGGGUACGACUUUGAGGCACUGAACCCGGGGGAGAAGACCAACGAGCUGAACGAGGCGUUCGCGACGCUGUUCGCCGCGCCCAACGCAGACAGGCGGUUCUUUGCGGGCUUACAAGCGAGCAUCCCUCUGCUGCGGCUCAUCAAAACGGAGAACAACCGCAGGAAUGAGCGGGCCCAGGCGGUCAUGCGCCGCAUGGGCAUGAAACUCAUCGCGGAGAAGAAGGCCGCGAUCAUGGCAGAGACUUCCGAGAACGGCCGCGGAAUCGAGCGCAAGGAUAUGACAGAGCGCGACUUGCUCACCCUUCUCAUCCGCGCGAAUAUGGCGACAGACAUCCCUGAAGACCAGAGACUGACUGACGACGAGGUCCUUGCACAGGUCCCGACGUUCAUUGUUGCCGGACACGAGACGACGAGCACGGCGACGACAUGGGCGCUGUUCUCUCUUUCCCAACGGCCCGAUGUCCAGAGCAAGCUGCGCGAGGAGCUGCUGGACGUGUCCACGGACAGUCCGAGCAUGGACGAACUGAACGCGCUACCGUACCUGGACGCAGUCGUACGCGAGACGCUGCGGCACCACUCUCCUGUGCCAAACGCCACGCGUCAGGCCGUGCAAGACGAUGUGAUUCCCGUAGGGACACCGUACACGGACAAGCACGGCAGGGUGCGCGAGCACAUCGAGAUCAAGAAGGGUGACAUUGUGUUCUUGCCUAUCUUGGCCCUCAAUAGGCGCAAAGAGAUAUGGGGCGACGACGCACAUGAAUUCAAGCCUGAGCGCUGGGAGCACACGCCUGAGGCGGCAGCGAGCAUCCCCGGGGUAUGGGGCCACCUCCUUACGUUCCUGGGUGGGCCGCGUGCAUGCAUCGGCUACCGCUUUUCCCUCGUCGAGAUGAAGGUGCUUCUGUUUGCACUUGUGCGGGCGUUCGAGUUCGAGCUUGGGGUCCCAGUUGAGGUCGUCAAGAAGCGGAGCAUCAUCGUCACGCGCCCUGUCAUCACCGGCCCCGACGGCAAGACCAAGGGGUCACUGCCGCUUAUUAUCAGGCCGUACAGGGCCUAG